GUUCUGGCGUCAUCAUGUCGUCACUUCCUUGUUAUGAACUUCAGCACAGAUCAGAAUCAGAUCAGAGUCAGGCUGCUGCUGCUAUCAGUCCAGCUCAAGCGCAACUUCUGCCCGCUCUCUUCCAGCCGGUUCACCACAGCACCCGCGGUCUCUAGCACAGAAUGGCAGUGGACUGGUGGGGCUUCGCUUAUGCUGCAGCUCUGGCUUUGGGCGGCUUCAUGGGCUAUAAAAGAAAAGGAAGCGUGGUGUCAUUAAUUGCCGGACUCUUCUUUGGAAGCGUGUCCGCGUAUGGAGCAUACAGAAUAACGAACGAUCCGCACGAUUACUGGACCUCUCUCGUCUCCGCCGGUGUUCUGACCGUUGUGAUGGGAAUGAGAUUCAGGAAAUCUGGGAAACUAAUGCCUGCGGGAAUCAUGGCAGGACUGAGCCUCCUCAUGGUUUUGCGACUUCUGAUCUACUAAAAGCUGACGGACAGGCCACGCCGGGACCUUUCUCUCAACAUCCACCGGACAGUUUCAUCAUUCGUUUCACAGCAUCUUCACUUCUUCCCAUCAAACUGUAUCUUGCACAUUCCAAAUAAAUCUGUCCAUUUUAGA